AUGCAUGAGAAAAUCGAUGCUGCAAAGACCAGCGAACUGCUCCAGGCGACCGUCGACGUUGAGGCCUUGGAGGAGGCAAAGACAACUCCAUCCACAGGACUCCCUCUGUCUGCGCUUCACGUGCUAGAUGUUGAGGAGGAAGACGAGGAGGAGCAUGCCAGAGACCGGGGAGGACCACACAUGCAAAGCGAGCCUGAGGUUGUUGACGUUGAGGCGCCGACACCGAUGACGCCGAUGCCGAUGCAUGGAAGCCAUAAAGGACAAAACGAAGCAACCACUCUUCCGGCGACCGUUGAUGCGGACGACGGUGCGGCGAGCACCGAGCCAAGGUCGAAGUCGGUUGCGCAGGCGGUGGCCGAGGCAGUGGAUGCCGUCGAGGCGGCUGAGGCAGCAGAAGCAGAAGUGGAGGCCAUCAUGAAGGAGGAGGUACUGCGGCGUGCACUUCUUGACCCAGAAGGUGAAGCCAGGAGAAGGAGGGUGCUAGCAAGAAAAUCGCAAAGUGGACGACGCAGGUGGAACUUUGCGGGGCGGGCCGCGCGCGCCCGCUCUGGAGACGAUCGUUACCGGGAGCACGAGGUAGAUUUAGAAUGUCGCAGAAAGCUUGCCUUCCGUGCGCGGGGGCGUUUCAGAGGUCCUGUUGAAGAUCGUGGAGACGAGCGGCAGAACGGAAACAUGGACAAGCAAAGAGAGGCAUUGAAAGUGCAGCUUGCUGGACCCUCUGUGCCCGCUCUCCAGGAAAGGAAGCGUACCCGCGGUGAGCGGAGCCCACAGGCAAAUCGCAGUCGACGUGGAAGAGGGUGUCGCGAAGAAAAGCCAAAGCGAUUCAGGUUGCCACCGCUCGAUUUUCCAGAGCUGCCAAUAUUGAUAGCCGAUGGAGACGACCACGUUGUGAUUCCGGAAGCCAGGGCAGGCAAUCUUCCUGCCGUUAUCCAAAUCGAUCGAGAGUGUCGUCAGGCAAGGGCGUCGGAGCUGGAGAAGAUGCGGGGAGAUCUCGCCAUGGAGCUGGAGGUUGUGCAGAAGGAGCGUGCCGAUGCGGCAAGAGAGCUGCGACAAAGCUGCGUUGUGGAGGCAGAGGCCGUUGAACGGCUCCGGCAAGCUCUGACAGCUGCUUUCGGCAGCGUCGAUGACUAG